CGCAGGGCUGUUCUGGGAGCCACAACAAUGCCAUGAUGUUUUGGAGACAGGAAGCCCCAAGCUGGCCCCGAAUGAAGGACUUCCUGUGUUUAAAGUUGCAGGAAUAUCCGCCGACCAGCGCAGUUCAAAUGCAAACACCCGAACUAGGGAGGACGAAGGGCUAAUUCAGACCAGCUGGACUCUCCAGGACUGGAACUGAGGAUAAAAUGAAAGGAAUUCUUAGGAGCUUGGGCCAUUCUUGAAGACUGGGGAGGCUGUGCCAUUGUUAUUAAAGGACACAAUUGGUAUAAAGCUUCUUCCAACUCUGGGUGAGAAGUGAGUGGAACUAGAUUCUGAAAAAGACUUGUCAGUAUCAGAUGGGGUUUUUUUUGUUGUUUUUUACUGACUGAAUUAGAAACAGCAGUGCUCUUAAAAGACACACAAAAGAAGCCAUGCAAGGAAUUAUUUUGUUUGUUGACUAAAUUAAUACCACUUAACUGUCUGCAACUAUGAGGCUGUUAGCCUGUGAGGAAAAAGCUGUUUCUUUUAGAGCUUCUCCCAGAAUGGUUUCAGAGUUGGACUUGCAGGCCUUUCUGGAGGGCAGAUCCAAUUGGUGGUCCCCGGUUGUGAACAUGUAAAAGGAUUUUUAACUUAUGCAGAAUGCAUUUUUGGGUAACCGGUGAAAAACUUUUAAAAGGUUGAUGUUUCAUCUUGAUUGAAAAAGUAUGGGUAAGCCACUCAGCAGGCCAGACUGUUUAAGGCAGAACCCCACCUGCCUGGGGAAAGGAGAGGAAGAAGAUGGCUAUAUAGAGGAUUGUUACGUUCCACAGCGAUCUAUAUAUGAUACAAUGAGGAUAAAUGAACAAAUUGACCAGGGGUCAAAGCUUAAUCAGACAUCAAAAAGCACCAUGGAAAAGAUGGAGGGAGGUACUAUAUCCAGCAAUGGUACGUUAGGAGCAGCAUCUAAUGUUUUUGAAUCUAGAGCCCCAGAAGGCAAAAAGCUGGAUGAGAGGAUAAUAUUUGAUGCACUAAAGUUAAGCAGCGAUGUGCAGAAGUCAGCACCCGUGCCACCCAGAAGGCGACCAAAUGCAGAACGCAAAGAUAAUGUUAACAGGAGAUCAUGGAAGUCCUUCAUGCCACCCAAUUUCCCAGAAUUUGCAGAAAGGAUAGAAGCUUCUCUCAGUGAGGUUUCAGAAGCUGGGGCUUCAAAUCCUUCCUUGCAAGAGAAGAAGGAAUCCAGUUCUGCAUUAACAGAAAGUUCUGGUCAUUUGGACCACAGGGAACCUCAGUCAGAGUCAGUGACUCUGGAACAUGUGUCCAAAUCCAUAGAUACUCCAGAAGUGCAGGAUGUGAAAAAUUUAAGCGGGGAGUGCCAAGACUUCAGAUUGCAGCCGCACAGGGAGCGCUCUCCCCAUGAAUUCCAGCCUCUAGAAUCAGAAGCUGCAGCUGCAAGUGGUAGCACAGAUGUAAUGCAGGAACACAGAUUCUCAAGUGCAACCUGGCCCAGAGCCAUGAAAAGUUUGGCUAAGGGAGGCUUCAGCGAGAAGCAGCACCCCCUUGGGGACACAGCCUGCACCGUGGAACUGCCGCCUCUCUCCCCUUGCCUGAGUGAAGAGCUAUUGGAUCCAGAAUUGCAUAUUCUCAUAACUCCCAGCCUGAGAGAGAAAACAGAGUCUGAGCUAAAGUUUGAGGAGGAUGAGCGAUGGAUCAUGAUGGAAGCUGAGGAGGAGUGGGAGGGAGAGAAACUGUCAGAGAGAGGAAAGAUUUUUCUAACGGCAGAUGAGAAAAAGAACAGCCUGGCAGAUAUUUUUGAAGGACGAGAACAAGCAAACACUUUAGCAGUGGCAGAGGAUGGGACCGAUUGCUCAGCUGCUGUCUUGAGAACUGUUGACCACCUAGCUCUUGGUCAGAUUUGUUGCUCUGAUGACCUACAGUCAGCUAAGAACCAUUUGGCUUCUGUUCUCGAGGAUACACCUCUGGAUUACAGUUGUGUUCUCACAGGUGAGAGUGCUGUAGGGGAGCUGACAAACAGAACUGCUCAGGGGCUGGAGGGUCUUGUUUCCGACUUAGAAUGUACUGUUGGUCCUCUUGAUUCAGAGCAGCUCUCUGACACAGAUUCAGUGCAGAUGUUUCUUGAACUUGAAAAGGAGUGUUUAUGUGAAGAAGGAGUAACUCCUCUAGCUGAGCUAGAGAAUCAAGCCUCUUCUGAAGGGCUGGCCCCAUCCCAGGAUGCAGAAAAUGCACUUGUAAUUAGUCAUUUUCCAGGGGCUGCCUUAGAAGAGGAACGCAUGGGCCUUUUAAAUGUAAGGGUAAAAGACUCUGAUACUGGAUUGGAUUGUGACUAUUUUAAUGCCCUGGAUUCUUCUCAGGUGCCUAAUGCUAUGGAACUUAUUGUCUGCUCUGAUACCAGGAGAGACACUUCCACUGUUAGUGAGGAGGAGCGUGAAAAAGUGCCUUCUAGCCCCGAGACUGUAGGGGAAUUUAAUUUCAGACACCCAGCUGAUCUGGAGUCACUGGGAAAGCUUGACCCAGGAGGACUGCCCAACUCUGAUCACAGGGCUUCCCAGGAAGACGACUUAUCAGGCUUUGUAGCUGAGCUGGCCAAAGAAAAUGGCAGUUUGUCCCAGGUAGACUGCAGUCACCCUGAGGGGAAUGUUGAAGAGUGCGUUGAGAGGGUCCCCCUCAGUCGUGCUUUUAGCUAUGAACUAACGGAUGUUACCUCAGGACCUGAAGUAGAGGUGUUCUCAUGUGAUUCACAUUUACUAACAGAUGAGAUUCAUUUGGAAAGUGAGAAAGGAGCUAUUAAUCGAGAAAAUAGCAGUCUGACUUCCUUGGGAAACGUGGAUCCUUGUGAAUUGUCCAAGGAGAAAGUUUGUGAUGAGGGUGGGGAGGGGCAAGAGCUGGGUUACGAAGCCAGGCUUUUGGAGGAUCAAGCCCCAGCAUAUGUUCACAGAGCCUUCCCAGAGCAGAUCUUCCAGGAUCUCCAGAGGAAGUCCGCAGAGUCAGAUACUCUGAAUCUGCCCCUGCUGGUUGGUGGACUGAGACAGAGCGGAGAUGGAGUGGAAGCUGUAAAUGAUACAAAGCCCGAGCUGAACGUGGCAUCAUCGGAGGGCGGGGAGACAGAAAUGAGAGGUUCAGAAUCAUUGCUGAGUAUCUUUCUGGAGGAACAAGUUACCAGGGCUAGUAGUGCUGAGCCCAUUUUGGAGGGAUGGAUACCCAUCCCACAGAAGCCUGCCCCAGGGGCUGCAGUGCUCGGCCCAGAGGAGGGUGUCCCGGAUGCUGCGGCGCCUGCCCCAGAGGGAGCUGCUGUGGCUGCUGCAGUGCCUUUCCCGGGGGAAGACGUACCAGUUACUUCGGUGGCCACCAUAGAGGCACGUGUCCCAGUUGCUUCAGUGGUCACUGUAGAGAAGGAUAUGCUGGCUGCUGCCCCAGCUGUUGCAGUGCCUGCUUCUGAAGGGACUGCUCCAGCUGCUGCAGCGACCAUCAUGGAGGAGGAUGCACCAGCUGUUGCAGAGCCCACCACAAGGGAUGACAUCCCAGAGGGAUCUGUCACCCCAGCUGCUACAGUGCCCACCCCGGAGGAGCCUGCAGCCCCAGCUGAUAGAGCAACCACCCCGGAGGAGCCUGUCACCCCAGCUGUUAGAGCGCCCACCCCAGAGGAGCCUGCAGCCCCACCUGUUAGAGCACCCACCCCAGAGGAGCCUGUCACCCCAGCUGAUAGAGCGCCCACCCCGGAGGAGCCUGUCACCCCAGCUGAUAGAGCGCCCACCCCGGAGGAGCCUGUCGCUCCAGCUGAUAGAGUGCCCACCCUGGAGGAGCCUGUCGCUCCAGCUGUUAGAGCGCCCACCCCGGAGGAGCCUGUCGCUCCAGCUGUUAGAGCGCCCACCCCGGAGGAGCCUGUCGCCCCAGCUGAUAGAGCACCCACCCCGGAAGAACCUGCAGACCCAGCUGUUAGAGCGCUCACCCCGGAGGAGCCUGUCACCCCAGCUCUUAGAGUGCCCACCCCGGAGGAGUCUGCAGCCCCAGCUGAUAGAGCGCCCACUCCAGAGGAGCCUGUCACCCCAGCUGUUAGAACACCCACCCCGGAGGAGCCCGUCACCCCAGCUGUUAGAGCACCCACCCCGGAGGAGCCUAUCACCCCAGCUGUUGGAGCGCCCAUCCCGGAGGAGCCCGUCACCCCAGCUAUUAGAGUGCCCACCCCGGAGGAGCCCGUCACCCCAGCUGAUAGAGUGCCCACCCCGGAGGAGCCUGUCACCCCAGCUGAUAGAGUGCCCACCCUGGAGGAGCCCGUCACCCCAGCUGUUGGAGUGCCCACCCGGGAGGAGCCUGCAGCCCCCGCUGAUAGAGCACCCACCCCGGAGGAACCUGUCACCCCAGCUCUUAGAGUGCCCACCCCGGAGGAGCCUGCAGCCCCAGCUGAUAGAGCGCCCACUCCGGAGGAGCCUGUCACCCCAGCUGUUAGAGCGCCCACCCCGGAGGAGCCUGUCACCCCCGCUGAUAGAGUGCCCACUCCGGAGGAGCCUGUCACCCCAGCUGUUAGAGCGCCCACCCCAGAGGAGCCUGCAGCCCCAGCUGUUAGAGUGCCCACCCCGGAGGAGCCUGUCACCCCAGCUUCUGCAGUGCCUGCUAUGGAGGAAGUGUUCCCUGCUGGUGUACCCUUCCUGGGAGAUACUGCCCACACUGAUUCAGUGCCUAUCUCAGAAGAAGAAACUUCUGUUUUAGAGGAGGCUUCCCCUGCUAGAAUGUGGAUCAAGGAGGACCUUGAUUCCCCAGGAUUUGGAAUAAAAGAGGUAACUGGCACGGUGCUGCAUGGGAAAGUGCCUCUGGCUGCAACUGAUGGAUUAAAUUCAAAUGAGAUGUUUCAGAAAGAGCAGGUGGAUCCCCUUCAAAUGAAGCUACAGCAGGUGAAUGGACUUGGCCAGGGGUUGAUUCAGAGUGCCGGAAAAAACUGUGACGUGCAGGGUUUGGAACAUGACAUGGAAGAGAUCAACGCUCGAUGGAACACACUGAACAAAAAGGUCGCACAAAGGAUUGCACAACUGCAGGAGGCUUUGUUGCAUUGUGGGAAGUUUCAAGAUGCCUUGGAGCCGUUGCUCAGCUGGUUGGCAGACACUGAGGAGCUCAUAGCCAAUCAGAAACCUCCAUCUGCCGAGUAUAAAGUGGUGAAAGCACAGAUCCAAGAACAGAAGUUACUCCAGCGGCUCCUUGAUGAUCGAAAGGCCACAGUAGAUAUGCUUCAAGCAGAAGGAGGCAGAAUAGCCCAGUCAGCCGAGCUGGCUGAUCGAGAGAAAAUCACUGGACAGUUGGAGGGUCUUGAAAGUAGAUGGACUGGACUACUCAGCAAGGCAGCAGCCAGGCAAAAACAGCUGGAAGAUAUCCUGGUUCUGGCCAAACAAUUCCAUGAGACAGCUGAGCCUAUUUCUGACUUCUUAUCUGUCACAGAGAAAAAGCUUGCCAAUUCAGAACCUGUUGGCACUCAGACUGCCAAAAUACAGCAGCAGAUCAUCCGGCACAAGGCUCUGGAGGAAGAAAUAGAAAGCCAUGCAACAGAUGUGCACCAGGCAGUCAAAAUUGGGCAGUCCCUCUCCUCCCUGACAUGCUCUGCAGAGCAGGGUGUGCUGUCAGAAAAGCUAGACUCCUUGCAGGCCCGGUACAGUGAGAUUCAAGACCGGGGCUGUCGGAAAGCAGCCCUGCUUGAACAAGCACUGUGUAACGCUAGACUGUUCGGGGAGGAUGAGGUGGAGGUGCUCAACUGGCUGGCUGAGGUUGAGGACAAGCUCAGUUCAGUGUUCGUAAAGGAUUACAGACAGGAUGUCCUGCAGAAACAGCAUGCUGACCAUCUGACUUUAAAUGAAGAAAUCAUUAAUAGAAAGAAGAAUGUAGAUCAAGCUAUUAAAAAUGGUCAGGCUCUUCUAAAACAAACCACAGGUGAAGAGGUAUUGCUUAUCCAAGAGAAACUGGAUGGAAUCAAGACUCGCUAUGCAGACAUCACGGUCACUAGCUCCAAGGCCCUCAGAACUUUAGAGCAAGCCCGGCAGCUGGCCACCAAGUUCCAGUCUACUUACGAGGAACUGACCGGAUGGCUGAGGGAGGUGGAAGAGGAGCUGGCAGCUAGUGGAGGGCAGUCUCCCACAGGGGAGCACAUACCCCAGUUUCAGCAGAGACAGAAGGAAUUAAAGAAGGAGGUCAUGGAGCACAGGCUAGUGUUGGACACAGUGAAUGAAGUGAGCCGUGCUCUCUUAGAACUCGUGCCCUGGAGAGCCAGAGAAGGGCUGGAUAAACUUGUAUCUGAUGCCAAUGAACAGUACAAGUUGGUCAGUGACACUGUGGGACAAAGGGUGGAUGAAAUUGAUGCUGCUAUUCAGAGAUCACAACAGUAUGAGCAAGCUGCUGAUGCAGAACUAGCUUGGGUUGCUGAAACAAAACGAAAACUGAUGGCCCUAGGUCCAAUUCGCCUGGAACAAGACCAGACCACAGCUCAGCUGCAGGUACAGAAGGCUUUCUCCAUUGACAUCAUUCGACACAAAGAUUCGAUGGACGAACUCUUCAGUCAUCGUGGUGAAAUCUUUGGCACAUGUGGGGAGGAGCAAAAAGCUGUAUUACAGGAAAAGACAGAGUCUCUAAUACAGCAGUAUGAAGCCAUUAGUCUGCUCAAUUCAGAACGUUACACCCGCCUCGAGCGGGCCCAGGUCUUGGUGAACCAGUUUUGGGAAACUUACGAGGAGCUCAGCCCCUGGAUUGAGGAAACCCGGGCACUAAUAACACAGUUACCUCCUCCGGCCAUUGAUCAUGAGCAGCUCAGGCAGCAGCAGGAGGAGAUGAGGCAACUCAGGGAAUCCAUUGCCGAACACAAACCCCAUAUUGAUAAGCUGCUAAAGAUAGGUCCACAGCUAAAGGAGUUAAACCCCGAGGAGGGGGAAAUGGUGGAGGAAAAAUACCAGAAAGCAGAAAACCUGUAUGCCCAGAUAAAAGAGGAAGUGCGCCAGCGGGCACUGGCCCUCGACGAGGCUGUUUCCCAGUCGGCUCAGAUUGCAGAGUUCCAUGAUAAAAUUGAGCCCAUGUUGGAGACUCUGGAGAAUCUCUCCUCUCGCCUGCGUAUGCCACCACUGAUCCCUGCUGAAGUAGACAAGAUCAGAGAGUGCAUCAGCGACAAUAAGAGCGCCACUGUGGAGCUGGAAAAGCUGCAGCCUUCCUUUGAGGCCCUGAAGCGCCGUGGAGAAGAGCUCAUUGGGCGAUCUCAGGGAGCUGACAAGGAUCUGGCUGCAAAAGAAAUCCAGGACAAGUUGGAUCAAAUGGUAUUCUUUUGGGAGGACAUCAAAGCUCGGGCUGAAGAGCGAGAAAUUAAGUUCCUUGAUGUCCUUGAACUUGCAGAGAAGUUCUGGUAUGAUAUGGCAGCUCUCCUGACCACUAUCCGAGAUACCCAGGACAUUGUCCAUGAUUUGGAAAGCCCAGGCAUUGACCCGUCUAUAAUCAAACAGCAGGUGGAAGCUGCUGAGACUAUUAAGGAAGAGACAGAUGGUCUGCAUGAAGAAUUGGAGUUUAUUCGAAUCCUUGGAGCAGAUUUGAUUUUUGCCUGUGGAGAAACGGAGAAGCCCGAAGUGAAGAAGAGCAUUGAUGAGCUGAAUAAUGCCUGGGAGAGCUUAAACAAAACCUGGAAGGAGAGGCUAGAAAAGCUUGAGGAUGCCAUGCAGGCUGCUGUGCAGUAUCAGGACACUCUUCAGGCUAUGUUUGACUGGCUAGAUAACACUGUGAUUAAGCUCUGCACCAUGCCCCCUGUCGGCACUGACCUCAACACUGUUAAAGAUCAGUUAAAUGAAAUGAAGGAGUUCAAAGUGGAAGUUUACCAACAGCAAAUUGAGAUGGAAAAGCUCAAUCACCAGGGUGAACUGAUGUUAAAGAAAGCUACAGAUGAGACGGACAGAGACAUUAUCCGAGAACCGUUGACGGAACUCAAACACCUCUGGGAGAACCUGGGUGAAAAAAUUGCCCACAGACAGCACAAACUAGAAGGUGCUCUCCUGGCCCUUGGCCAGUUCCAACAUGCCUUAGAGGAACUAAUGAGCUGGCUGACUCACACUGAGGAGUUGUUAGACGCUCAGAGACCAAUAAGCGGAGACCCAAAAGUCAUUGAAGUUGAGCUCGCAAAGCAUCAUGUUCUAAAAAAUGAUGUUUUGGCGCAUCAAGCCACAGUGGAAACAGUCAACAAAGCUGGCAAUGAGCUUCUUGAAUCUAGUGCCGGAGAUGAUGCCAGCAGCCUAAGAAGCCGUUUGGAAACCAUGAACCAGUGCUGGGAGUCGGUGUUACAAAAAACGGAGGAGAGAGAGCAGCAGCUUCAGUUGACACUGCAGCAGGCCCAGGGUUUCCACAGUGAAAUUGAAGAUUUCCUCUUGGAACUGACUAGAAUGGAGACCCAACUUUCUGCAUCUAAGCCCACAGGAGGACUUCCUGAAACUGCUAGGGAACAGCUUGAUACACAUAUGGAACUCUAUUCCCAGCUCAAAGCCAAGGAAGAGACUUAUAAUCAACUGCUUGACAAGGGCAGGCUCAUGCUUCUAAGCCGUGACGACUCUGGGUCUGGCUCAAAGACAGAACAGAGUGUAGCUCUCUUGGAACAGAAGUGGCAUGUGGUCAGCAGUAAGAUGGAAGAAAGAAAGUCAAAGCUGGAAGAGGCCCUCAACCUGGCAACAGAAUUCCAGAAUUCCCUGCAAGAGUUUAUCAACUGGCUCACUCUAGCAGAGCAGAAUCUCAACAUCGCCUCUCCUCCCAGCCUGAUUUUAAACACUGUCCUUUCCCAGAUAGAGGAGCACAAGGUGUUCGCUAAUGAGGUCAAUGCUCAUCGAGACCAGAUCAUUGAGCUGGAUCAAACUGGGAAUCAGUUAAAGUUCCUUAGCCAAAAACAGGACGUUGUUCUGAUCAAGAAUUUGCUGGUUAGUGUCCAGUCUCGAUGGGAGAAGGUUGUCCAGCGGUCUAUUGAAAGAGGGCGAUCACUGGAUGAUGCCAGGAAGCGGGCAAAACAAUUCCAUGAAGCUUGGAAAAAGCUGAUCGACUGGCUAGAAGAUGCAGAGAGUCACCUGGACUCGGAGCUGGAGAUAUCCAAUGACCCAGACAAAAUUAAACUCCAGCUCUCUAAGCAUAAGGAGUUUCAGAAAACUCUUGGCGGCAAACAGCCUGUGUAUGAUACCACAAUUCGAACCGGCAGAGCCUUGAAAGAAAAGACUUUGCUUCCUGAUGACACUCAGAAACUUGACAAUUUACUGGGAGAAGUCAGAGACAAAUGGGAUACUGUUUGUGGCAAGUCUGUGGAGAGGCAGCACAAGUUGGAGGAGGCCCUGCUGUUUUCCGGCCAAUUCAUGGAUGCUUUGCAGGCCUUGGUCGACUGGCUGUACAAGGUGGAGCCGCAGCUGGCCGAGGACCAGCCCGUGCACGGGGACCUCGACCUCGUCAUGAACCUCAUGGACGCCCAUAAGGUUUUCCAGAAGGAACUGGGAAAACGAACAGGAACUGUUCAGGUACUGAAGCGAUCAGGCCGAGAGCUGAUUGAGAACAGUCGUGAUGACACCACAUGGGUGAAAGGACAGCUCCAGGAACUGAGCACUCGCUGGGACACUGUGUGCAAACUCUCUGUCUCCAAACAAAGCCGACUUGAGCAGGCCUUAAAACAGGCGGAAGAGUUUCGAGACACAGUCCACAUGCUGUUGGAGUGGCUUUCUGAAGCAGAGCAGACACUUCGCUUUCGGGGAGCACUUCCAGAUGACACAGAGGCCUUACAGGCUCUCAUUGACACCCAUAAGGAGUUCAUGAAGAAAGUGGAAGAAAAGCGAGCGGAUGUUAGCACAGCAGUAGCAAUGGGAGAGGCCAUCCUGGCUGUCUGCCACCCCGAUUGCAUCACUACCAUCAAGCACUGGAUCACCAUCAUCCGGGCUCGCUUUGAGGAGGUCCUGACCUGGGCAAAGCAGCACCAGCAGCGUCUUGAAACAGCCUUGUCAGAACUGGUGGCUAAUGCUGAGCUUUUGGAAGAACUUCUGGCGUGGAUCCAGUGGGCCGAGACCACCCUCAUUCAGCGGGACCAGGAGCCGAUCCCUCAGAACAUUGACCGAGUGAAAGCCCUUAUUGCUGAGCAUCAGACGUUUAUGGAGGAGAUGACUCGCAAACAGCCUGACGUGGACCGGGUCACGAAGACCUACAAAAGGAAAAACAUAGAGCCUGCUCACACGCCUUUCAUCGAGAAAUCCCGCAGUGGCAGCAGGAAGUCCUUGAGUCAGCCCACACCUCCUCCCAUGCCAAUCCUCUCACAGUCCGAAGCAAAAAACCCACGGGUCAACCAGCUGUCCGCCCGCUGGCAGCAGGUGUGGCUCCUAGCGCUGGAGCGGCAGCGGAAGCUCAACGACGCCUUGGAUCGACUGGAGGAGCUAUGCCCGGAAUUGAAGGAAUUUGCCAACUUUGACUUUGAUGUCUGGAGGAAAAAGUAUAUGCGUUGGAUGAAUCACAAAAAAUCUCGGGUGAUGGAUUUCUUCCGGCGAAUUGACAAGGACCAGGAUGGGAAGAUAACACGGCAGGAGUUUAUUGAUGGCAUUCUAGCAUCCAAGUUCCCUACCACCAAGUUGGAGAUGACUGCCGUCGCUGACAUUUUUGACCGAGAUGGAGAUGGCUACAUUGAUUACUAUGAAUUCGUGGCUGCUCUCCAUCCCAACAAGGACGCUUAUCGCCCAACAACCGACGCAGAUAAAAUUGAAGAUGAGGUCACAAGACAAGUGGCUCAGUGCAAAUGUGCAAAAAGGUUUCAGGUGGAGCAGAUUGGAGAGAAUAAAUAUCGGUUCUUCCUCGGCAAUCAGUUCGGGGACUCCCAGCAGCUGCGGCUGGUCCGCAUCCUGCGCAGCACCGUGAUGGUCCGAGUUGGUGGAGGAUGGAUGGCCCUGGAUGAAUUUUUAGUGAAAAAUGACCCCUGCCGAGUUCACCAUCCUGGGAGUAAAAUAAAGCGCUCUGAUUCCAGCUCUUCGAUUUCCAGUCAGUCUCCCAUAGCACGAGGUAGAACUAACAUCGAACUUAGAGAGAAAUUCAUCCUACCCGAGGGGGCAUCCCAGGGAAUGACGCCUUUCCGGUCACGGGGUCGAAGGUCCAAGCCGUCUUCCCGGGCUGCUUCGCCGACCCGCUCCAGCUCCAGCGCCAGUCAGAGCAACCACAGCUGCACGUCCAUGCCGUCUUCUCCCGCCACCCCCGCCAGUGGCCCCAAGACUCCACUUCAGUCCUCUCGCUGUUAUGACAAACCCUGGUUGGUAAACAGUAAAGCUGGCCCCUCUGGCAGGGACAGCCAUUAUCCUGACCUCCAGCUGCCCAGCCCCGAGGUUAUUCCAUCAACAGGCAGCAAGUUGAAACGACCAACACCAACUUUUCACUCUAGUCGAACAUCCCUUGCUGGUGAUACUAGCAAUAGCUCUUCCCCAGCCUCCACAGGUGCCAAAACGAAUCGGGCAGACCCUAAAAAGUCAGCCAGUCGCCCUGGGAGUCGGGCCGGGAGCCGGGCCGGGAGUCGGGCCAGUAGCCGGCGCGGGAGCGAUGCCUCGGACUUUGACCUUUUAGAGACACAGUCCGCUUGUUCAGACACUUCGGAGAGCAGCGCUGCGGGGGGCCAGGGCAGCUCCAGGAGAGGGCUCAGCAAGCCUUCCAAAAUCCCCACCAUGUCCAAGAAGACCACCACUGCCUCCCCCAGGACUCCAGGUCCCAAGCGGUAACGCUGCACAAGCACCCCAAGCCUCUCUCCACUUUGAAGCCUGCUCCGUACAUUGGGUGUAUAUUUAUUCUGAACAGGAGAAGUUAUAUUGUUAAAAGUGUAAAAGAAUAAUUGUGUUAUGAAGCUGCCUUAUUUUUUUUCUUUUUGUAAGUUACUAUUUUCAUGUGAAUAUUUAUGUAGAUAAAAUUUGCCUCCUGGUAACCCUGUAAUGGAUGGGGCCCAGAAAUGAAAUAUUUGAGGAAAAACAAGUGAGAAGGUCAAGAUGAGAAUGUGUAUUAAAAAAAAAAAAGCGCCUCUAAAUAGGGUUUCUGCGCGGUGCAGGGUUGUAAACCUGCUUUAUCUUUUAGGAUUAUUCCUAAAUGCAUCUUCUUUAUAAACUCGACUUGCUGUCCCAGCAAGAUAAAUUAUAUUAAAAAAAUAAGAAUCCUGCAGUGUUUAAGGAACUCUUUUUUUUGUAAAUCACAGACACCUCAAUUAGCAAGAACUGAGGGGAGGGCACUUCUAAUCGCUUUUUCCGGUGUUUUUAAUACUGUGUGAUUUUAGCUGAAGAGAGGGAACCUCCUCUGGUAAUGUUUGCACAUGAUCAGCAAAAGGAGUUCAUUGCAAUACUUUGAAUACUGUCUCAGUACUGGGUGUUUAAAGGACAAAUAGCUGCUAGAAUUCAGGGGUAAAUACGUUCAGAAGACGUCAGAACAUUGGGAUUUUUAAGAGUCCUGGUUUGUAACUUCCUAUCCAGCCCAGCCACCAAUAACUCCUGUGCUCACCGGGACCCAGGCCCUUGGCAAGGGGAGACUCCUUGGUGGCACUGUGAAUUACAGAUUUGUUUAUCUGCAUUUUUGCUAUUUAUUUAAAUGGUCGAUCAACUUCCCACAAACUGAGGAAUGAAUUCCACGAGCCUAUUCUGAAAAUGUGGACAUAAAACAAACACUUGCUCGUCCUUUAAAGGAGUUCACCAGCACACCUGUUAACAAGUCCCGUUUGCUUCCGUCUUUUUUUGUGAGUAAUAAAGUCAGCUGACCAAGUGACCAUGAAGAGGGGCUGUCUGGGGCUCCUGUUUUUUAGCUGCUGUUCCUCUUCAGCUCCGACCAUGUUGCUGUGUGAUUAUCUCAAUUGGUUUUAAUUGAGGCAGAAACUGAAGCUCUACCAAUGAACUGUUUAAAAACAAGACACACUUUUGUAUUAAAAUUGCUUGCAGUAACAAA